AUGGCCAAAAGAGGUAUUUUAGUAUUAUUUUAUAUUUUUGUAUUAAUAUUUGGUUUAUCAUUUUCUAAAUAUACAACAAAACCUGAUAUUAUUGAUGCCAUUGAGGAAGAUCCAGAUGUUAUGGGAAAUAUUUCUCCCUCAAAUUUUGAUAAAUUGGAUGAUUUAAAAGACCAAAAUUUGAGUGAUGAUGAAAAAUUACAGAAGGCAAAACAAAUUUUGAAGAGUGAUAGUGAUCUUAAAAGUAUGGCUGAUAAUAUUAUUAGAAGAGUUAGUAGUGGAAGUAUUGAUACAAGCGGAAGUAGUAUCAAUAGUAAAUUUGGAAGUAUAGACAGUUCUAUUGGCAGUAUUGGCAGUGAUUUAAGUUCUGGAAAAAUAUUAUCCAAUAUUAAAAGUGAAUUUGAGACAAAUAGUAAUAAUAUUUAUAGUACAUUAAGUUCUAAGGCAAAAGAAGUAGUUGACGAAAUAACAGCUGAAAUCGAGGAUACAGAUUUAUCUCUACCAGAAUUAGCUACAAAUGUCAAAUCAAUUCUUUCAGGUGCAAGUACUAGUGUUAAAGAUGAAAUAAAAAAUCUCAUACCAGAAGAAUUAAAUAUUGAUAGUGGAGCAACAAAUGUUAAAUCAAGCUUAUCUGAUAAGUUUGGUUCAAUUAAAAAUGGAAUAAAAUCAAUUUUUUCUAAGCAUUCAACAACAGAGUCAUACAUUUUUUAA